UCCCGCUGGCGCGAUCUUCCCCAGCACCUUACUGUCUGCAAGUAUAAUGAACUAACGAACCGUGCCCGGAUGUUGGUACCGCCCCUUCGCCAACGUCUGUGGUUACAUCAUGCUCUCAACAUUCAAUGACGGUUGUAUAUGAUCCUCCUUCCUUUACGAUACAAAUCCAGACCACAAACCCCCCAGAGAAAUUCGUCCAGUCCUUCCUGCUCGAGACCUUGUCGGUUAUCCGAUUCCCCCCUUACUCCUUUGUACUCUUUCUUCGAAUACUCAACUUUGGAAGUUACAUGUUGGCAGGACUUAUAAUACCACUGUCUUUAUAUAGUUCAGAGCGACCCCGAGACCAAGGUCGGCGUUGAGCGAGUACUAGUGGGCGAGUGACCACGCGGCUUGUGGCCCAAUUAAUGAUCGCGGAGGGCGCUUAGCGUCUCGACUCCAACCUCCUCCAUC